AUGGCCGUGGCUCUGUCUCCGGCCACCUCCACUCUCCGCCUCAUCAAACCCUUCUCCGCCACCGCCCUCGCCCUCCGCCGUCUCUAUAUCUUCCACAGACCCAAACCUACUCUCUCCAUCUCCUUGCCAACAUUCUCCUCCAUCUCCUCCUUCACCGCCGCCUUGCCCCUGUCCCGACGCACCUUCUGCUCACUAAUCCCCUCCGCUAUCUCCUCCGGCGAGGCAACCAAAACCGAGACCUUGGAGAAAAAAGUCGGCGAAUUUCGAAAAAAAAUUAAGAUUUUGGAUAUAAAAGGAGGGCCUGACGAGGGGUUGAAUUUAUUGGGUGAGACUGUGGUGGUUAAGGGUUGGGUUAGAACACUUAGAGUUCAGAGUAGUGUCACUUUUAUUGAGGUUAACGAUGGGUCGUGUCUUUCAAAUAUGCAAUGUGUUAUGCGUUCAGAUGCCGAAGGUUAUGAUCAGGUGGAGAGUGGCUUGAUUUCAACUGGUGCAUCAGCUUGGAUACAAGGUACUAUAGUACGCAGUCAAGGAUCAAAGCAAAAAAUAGAAUUGAAGGUUGAAAAACUUAUAACGAUUGGUAAGAGUGAUCCUUCUUUUCCUAUCCAGAAGAAAAGGGUAAGCAGAGAAUUUUUGAGAACAAAAGCCCAUCUUCGUCCUAGAACGAACACUUUUGGCGCGGUUGCAAGGGUGAGAAAUGCUUUGGCCUACGCUACACACAGAUUUUUUCAAGAAAAUGGCUUCGUUUGGAUCUCUAGUCCCAUUGUUACUGCUUCGGAUUGUGAAGGAGCUGGUGAACAAUUUUGUGUGACAACUUUGGUUCCUACUUCUAGAGAAGCUGGCGACUCUCCAGUGAAUGCUAUCCCUAAAACUGAAGAUGGUUUAAUUGAUUGGUCUCAAGACUUCUUUGGGAAACCUGCAUUUCUAACUGUAUCUGGGCAACUCAAUGCUGAAGCAUAUGCUACUGCUCUUACUGAUGUGUAUACGUUUGGUCCAACGUUUAGAGCAGAAAAUUCUAACACUUCUAGGCACCUUGCCGAGUUCUGGAUGAUCGAACCAGAACUUGCAUUUGCUGACUUAGACGAUGACAUGGCCUGUGCAGCUGCCUAUCUCCAGUAUGUAGUGGAGUACGUUCUAGAGAACUGCAAGGAAGAUAUGGAUUUUUUCAAUACUUGGAUUGAGAAAGGAAUCAUCAAACGCCUCAGUGAUGUUGUAGAGAAAAACUUUGUUCAGCUGACUUACACUGAUGCAGUUGAGCUUCUCGUGAAUGCAAAGAAGAAAUUCGAAUUUCCGGUACAAUGGGGAUGUGAUUUACAAAGUGAACAUGAACGAUAUAUCACCGAAGAGGAGUUUGGUGGAUGCCCUGUAAUUAUUAGAGACUAUCCAAAGGAGAUUAAGGCAUUUUACAUGCGGCAAAACAAUGAUGGAAAGACUGUUGCAGCCAUGGAUAUGUUGGUUCCUCGGGUGGGUGAACUUAUUGGUGGAAGCCAAAGAGAGGAGCGCCUUGACCAUUUGGAAGAACGGUUGGAUGAAUUGAAGCUCAACAAGGAGAGCUAUUGGUGGUAUCUUGACUUGCGGCGUUAUGGUUCAGUUCCGCACGCUGGAUUUGGGUUAGGCUUUGAAAGGCUUGUGCAGUUUGCAACUGGAAUAGAGAACAUCAGAGAUGCAAUACCUUUCCCUAGAACACCUGGCUCAGCUGAAUUUUGA